AUGUCAGAGGCUGCAGGUGCGGCUUCAGGAGCAAGUUCUGACGAUCAGAAUCUGCUGCUCGCAAGCCACCUGUCUUCGAACCCCCUGCCUUCCUCCAUCCCCCGCGAGAGUCUGUCUCCGACUGACGCUGCCCUCUUUCAAUUGCAGGAUUUCCAGUGGGACGAAGAAACUGCGAAGGACUUUUCGCAAUCUGUUGACGCAUUCCUCGACGGACUCGAGCAUCAGUCAUCCGGACAGCCUGCGGCCGAUACGAGUUUGGCUCAUCACCAAGUCGCUGAGAACCCUCUUCCUGAGACCGUCGACCAGCUCGAGGUGAACGUUACUGGAAACAUCGCCGACCAGAUUCCCACCCAGUCUUUCAAUCAAGUCGCGGCGCAACCUGCCGACCGCACAUCUGAGCAGCAUAUCGACCAGGCUCCUCAGUCGACCACUCCGCAGACUCCUGAGCGGAUCCAGGGCCAAGUCUCCCAGCGAACGCCCAAGCAGACUUCUUCGCCCCUCUCUACGACCUCCUCCUCCGUCCCGAAGAUGAAGGCCUCUGCCCAUGAGGUUGAGCGCUUCAACGACAAGGAUGAGACCACCGGUCGCCCGCGACUGCAGCAAAGCUGGAUCAACUACGCCCUGCGCGUCAUGAAGUGGGACAAGAACGGCGAAAUCUGGCACCCUGACCUGCGACAGAAGAUUUUGGACGACUUGGAGCAUCCAGUCACUGUUCACAACCUCACGGUCUCCAGGAACAGGCUGUACAAGAGUCUCACUGCCUUUGCUCGAGGCAAAAAACAGCAGUACUACGAGGUGGACUUCUGGGCCAUCCUUUUCCGUAACGAGAACGGCCUUCCGGAGGUCUGGGUCGACGGCGAGAACAGCGAUCUGGUUUGGGCGUUCUCCGACGUCAUCAAUGCUAUCGUUGACCAUGAGUCUACGGCGUCUAUCAUGAGCAACUACGGCAAGACCAGGAACAGCAAAAAUGUCUUCUACUUCCAGCCCGGAAGCGCGAACACCCUGAGCAAGCCCGCCAAUGCCCGUACUGUCCAAGGACAGGGAGGCAAUCCUCAGACACCCAAGAAACGCAAGACCGAAGAUCGCGACGCCAUCGUCAUUGCUAGCGACAGAUCCGAUGUCGACGAGUCCCCUCAAGAGAAGAGGCGCAAGACGAACAGAGGCGCGUACAUUCAAUCGACCGUGGAGAAGAGAACGCUUCGCAAGAGAAACAAAGGCGGAAACGAGGCAGUCGUCAGCGGGGACCAGAGUACCCAGAAACCUGAUCACGACACGGAGAGUGAGAUGGAGAACACCAACACCGGCAACAGCCAAAUCAAGAAGACCGAGUCUGACACCGAGCCCGACCCCGAAAGCGAGGAAGGAAGCAUGGCGGGUGAUGAUGACGACGAAGACGACAGCGAACUCAUGGACUCUUGGAUGGUCGAGGCCUUGAAAGCGCAGGAGGAGAAGAAGGCCGAGGUCGAAGUCAAGCCCAAAGUGACUGUCAAGCAGAAGAUCGAGCAGCGCAACAAUUUCUUCAAGACGCUUACGAGUAUGUCGAAAGAGCACCAAGACAUGGCAUUCCGUACCUCGGUUCUGGACAUGCUCCAAGGCCUGGGUGUCGAUCCCACCACCAGCCUUUCGAAGCAGAUGAAGAGAUACAAGACGACUUUCGGCGGUGACGAGAAGCAGAAGCUAAAGAAGUGA